AAGGUUAUUAGAUUAAUCAAGCGAAAUUUCAUCAGUGUGUUAUUUCCCACUGUUGCGGUGGUCAGCAUCUACGCAGAUUUAAGACGUACAGCACGUUGGAAACGCCAACUUGCUGAGCAACAGAACAUUGCUAAGCAACAGAACAUUACUGAGCAAUGAAUAUUAAACAUAUAUAUACGUCGCAGAAACAUAUUUGGAAGAUAUACUGGACGCUUAUUAUCCCAAUAACAUUCUAUUAUGUUGGCCAUAAAAUAGAUCUGAUGGAGACAGAAAGGAUGUCAAUGUUCCGGGAUAAGUCGGCUCUGUAUGGCAGGGAACUGAAACCUGGAGAACCGCCUUCUUGGCCUUACUGAUUCCUCAUUAUUUGCUGUUAAACAAAUUACAGAACCAGUUAGUGUGAGUUAACAAAUAAACCAUGCUCUUCAAAAUAUAAAUCAUAGAAAUCAUGAGUGUAAAUUCUUCUGACUAAUAUAUGUGUAGAUUAAGUAACAAUACAAUAUGUUUAUUUGUA